AUGUCGUUUAUCGGAAGACGAGCAAGUUCUGGACGCUUCGCCAGGGACUCUCUAGUCAAUAAUGACUUAGUCCAUUCAAUUAAUCCUGAAGUUUAUCAGCGUAAAUAUGUUUUCGAAGUUGCUUGGGAAGUAGUCAAUAAAGUUGGUGGAAUAUAUACUGUCAUUCGCACUAAAGCCGCAUCCACGGUUGAGGAACUUGGUGACCGUUAUAUUUUGAUAGGACCUCUGAACGAAGUAUGUAUGAGAACCGAGGUCGAUGUUGCUGAACCAAGUAACGAGGCACUGAAACGGACCAUCAAGGCUAUGCGUGAUCAUGAUAUUAAGAUCGUUUUCGGUCGGUGGCUUAUCGAGGGUUAUCCAAAUGUUGUCCUAUUUGAUAUCGGGUCUUCUGCUUGGAGGAUUGAUUCAUGGAAGAAAGAGUUAUGGGAGUCUUGCAACAUCGGCGUCCCGGUUCACGAUAGUGAGUGUAACGAUGCUGUCAUUUUUGGCGGACUUGUUGCCUGGUUUUUGAAAGAAUUUGCUGAAAAUGCACAAGAAUUAGAAACGGAUCCUCAACCGCCAAUAAUUGCACAUUUUCAUGAAUGGCUGACAAGCAUUGGCCUAAUAUUUUCACGUACACGUCAUCUACCAGUUGCUACUGUGUUCACCACGCAUGCAACACUUUUGGGCUUUGAUUUGGACAAGGAAGCUGGUGAUCGAAAUAUUUAUCAUCGAUACUGUCUUGAACGUGCCGGUGUUCACUGUGCGCAUACAUUUACAACAGUUAGUAAAAUUACUGGAUUAGAAAGUAAAUAUCUUUUACGAAGAGAACCAGAUGUCAUCACUCCGAAUGGUCUUAAUGUCAUUAAAUUUGCUGCUCUGCAUGAAUUUCAAAAUCGUCAUGCAUUGGCGAAAGAAAAGUUGAAUCAAUUCAUUCAGGGACAUUUCUAUGGGCAUUAUGAUUUUGAUCUUGAUAAGACCUUGUACUUUUUUAUUGCUGGUCGUUAUGAAUUCCAGAACAAGGGGGCUGAUGUAUUUAUUGAGUCACUGGCUCGUCUCAAUCAUCACCUAAAACAAGCUCAGACUGAUGUCACUGUUGUCGCAUUUCUCAUCUUUCCGGCCCACACAAAUAGUUUUAAUGUGGAUUCUUUUCGCGCUCAAGCUAUUGUAAAACAAUUACGUGAAACAGUGAACUCAAUUCAAUGUGAGAUGGGGCAUCGCUUGUUUGAAGUAUGUCUUCGUGGACGUAUUCCUCAAGGAACUGAUAUACUUACUCAGGGUGAUAUAUAUCGACUUAAACGUUGCAUAUACGCAACACAACGAAAUAAUUUACCUCCUAUUUGUACACACAAUGUUGUUCAAGAUAACAUCGAUUUAGUGUUAUGCAAUUUACGCCGAUGCCAAUUAUUUAACGAUCGUCACGAUCGUGUUAAGGUUAUUUUCCACCCGGAGUUUUUGAGUUCUACUAAUCCACUAUUGCCUAUGGAUUACGAAGAAUUUGUACGAGGCUGCCAUUUAGGUGUAUUUCCCUCCUACUAUGAACCAUGGGGUUAUACACCAGCUGAAUACACUGUAAUGGGUAUUCCCUCUGUAACCACUAAUCUUUCUGGAUUCGGUUGUUUCAUUGAAGAGCAUGUAGAAGAUCCUAAAUCUUAUGGUAUAUACAUUGUUGAUCGUCGUUAUCAAAGUUGUGAAGAAAGUAUUCAACAGUUAACCAAGGUCACUGAGCUAUGAUGCGUGAAAUGUCCUUAUUACAUGCUGCCCCUUUCAUCGCUGUACCUUUCGUUGGAGUGUUUGCUGGCCAGCGGAUUGUCUCCAAGAAUAUGGAUUGGUAUGAUUCUCUGAAAAUGCCAUCAUUUGCACCCCCGAAAUGGGUGUUUGGUCCUGUGUGGAGUGCGC